CCUGGGCACAUCCUCCCGCCGCCCGCGCACCUCUCCACGCCGUCCCAGUUCCGCGACUCGCCCUCGGCUACGCUCGGCUCCCGCGGGCGCUCGGCUCCGCGCCCCUCCGCCCCCUCCCCGCCGACCGGACAGGGAGGAGCCAAUGGCUGGGCCUGCCAUCCACACCGGCCCCAUGCUGUUCCUCACCCUCCUGCUGCCCCUGGAGCUGAGCCUGGCAGGUGCCCUUGCACCUGGGACCCCUGCUCGGAACCUCCCUGAGAAUCACAUUGACCUCCCAGGCCCAGCGCUAUGGACGCCUCAGACCAGCCACCACCGCCGGCGGGGCCAGGGCAAGAAGGAGUGGGGCCCAAGCCUACCCAGCCAGGCCCAGGAUGGGGCUGUGGUCACCGCCACCAGGCAGGCCUCCAGGCUGCCAGAGGCUGAGGAGCCACUGCCUGAGCAGAGUCCUGCAGGCCUGCUGCAGGACAAGGACCUGCUCCUGGGGCUGGCAUUGCCUUACCCUGAGAAGGAGAACCGACCUCCAGGUUGGGAGAGGGCCAGGAAACGCAGCAGGGAGCACAAGAGGCGCAGGGACAGGCUGAGGCUGCACAGAGGCCGAGCAUUGGUUCGAGGUCCCAGCUCCCUGAUGAAGAAGGCAGAGCUCUCUGAAGCCCAGGCGCUGGAUGCAGCCAUGGAGGAAUCCUCUACCAGCCUGGCCCCCACCAUGUUCUUCCUCACCACCUUUGAGGCAGCACCUGCCACAGAAGAGUCCCUGAUCCUGCCCAUCACCUCCCUGCGGCCCCAGGCACAGCCCAGGCCUGACGGGGAGGUGAUGCCCACACUGGACAUGGCCUUGUUCGACUGGACCGAUUAUGAAGAUUUAAAACCUGAUGGCUGGCCCUCUGCAAAGAAGAAAGAGAAACACCGGAGUAAGCUCUCCAGUGAUGGUAACGAAACAUCACCAGCCGAAGGGGAACCAUGCGACCAUCACCAAGACUGCCUGCCAGGGACUUGCUGCGACCUGCGGGAGCAUCUCUGCACACCCCACAACCGAGGCCUCAACAACAAAUGCUUCGACGACUGCAUGUGUGUGGAAGGGCUGCGCUGCUAUGCCAAAUUCCACCGGAACCGCAGGGUUACACGGAGGAAAGGGCGCUGCGUGGAGCCCGAGACGGCCAACGGCGACCGGGGAUCCUUCAUCAACGUCUAGCACCCCGCGGGACUGGGGACUGAGCCCAGGAGGUUUGCACAAGCUGGGCGAUUGUUUGUAACUAGCAGUGGAAGAUCAAGUAGGGGAACGGAUGGCUGAGGCUGCAGGCUCAGGCCCAGGACACUCAACCCCAGGAGGGGAGCCGCUCCGCGAACGACCUGGAUGGGUGCCCAGCAGCCGGCCCCCAGCACCCGCACACCCACAGUCGGGACCCACGCAGCCUCCGCGUGUCCUGUUCUCCGUGAUGGCAAUGCCGAGAGUGCCCUCUACUGUCCGACUCCAGCACUGCAACAGCUUCAGGUUCAAAACCAAGAGGCGUUUUUGAGAGUGGAAAAGAAAUUUAAACUUCCCGAAAGUAGGUCCACCGACAGGAAAUGAAUAUGGAACACCUCCUAUGUACUGUGUAAUCCAGGGCUUAGCACUGUGCUAAGCCCUGGAUUACUUUAUCUCAUUGAAGUAUCACAACGACCUUUUCAAGUAGGUAUUAUCACCACGCCGCAGGUGAGGACCCUGAUGCAGGCUGGAGGUUUGACUUGACUUGUCCAGGGUCCCAGGUCAAUGCUUCUCAAACCUAAACAUGCUAAGAGUAACCUGGCGGUCCAGUUAAAAAUGUAUAUCUGGCUGGGCAUGGUGGCUCACCCUGUAAUCCCAGCACUUUGGGAGGUGAGGCCGGUGGAUCACCUGAGGUCAGGAGUUCCAGACCAGCCUGGCCACCCCGUCUCUACUAAAAAUACAAAAAUUAGCCAGGCAUGGUGACAUAUACCUUUAAUUCCAGCUACAUGGAGGCUGAGGCACCAGAAUCGCUUGAACCUGGGAGGUGGAGGUUGCAGUGAGCAGAGAUGGCACCACUGUACUCCAGUGUGGGGGACAAGAGUGAAACUCUGUCUCAAAAAAAAAAAAAAAAAAAAACCAUCUGACUCAGUGGGCUUUGUGCUCUAACAAGCUCCUAAGGCAUGCGAUGCUGCUGGUCCAGGGACCUCACUGAGAGGUCCCGGGAAGUACAUGGCAGAGCAAGGAACUAAACCUGGGCCAAGGCUGUCCAGCUCCAAGCCCACGUUCUUCCCUCUCCACAACCAAGAAUUUCUUCCAGAUCCACCAAGCCUUUUGACAAGAGAGGCUCGCAUCCUGGUAGUCCCUUCUUCUGUGGCUGGAAUAACUUGACAGUUCUCUGCCUUCCCUGGACAAAAGUGUAUCAUGUUUAAAAACAAAACAAACUGGACCUUAAGCACCUACUUGCUUGCGGGAAUAAGUUGGGCAGAUUGAUCCCUGUGGUCCGAUAGCUGACAUCAUGGGAUAUGAAGUGUUUGGGAAAAAGAAUCAUGUUGGACAUUAUAUCCCUAUGGUCCUGCUCAUCCAGUCCUGGGAUGGGCAUGUUACAGAUUUCUGGAGAGCCUCCACCCCAGAGGUUCUGACGUAAGCAUGGACUCGAAAAAACCCAUACAUAUUGCCCAUGUUUACCCACUUUGCAUACAGUAUAGUGAUUUCCAGGACCGCAAAACCAUCCCUGGACCCCACUCCAUAUUUUUGGAGCAGAGCCCACUGGGAAGUUGAGGCUCCCUGAAAAUGAGGUACCAUCGGAAGCUUAACUAUCCCUAACAGGCCAGACCCACAGUGCCCACCCAGAACAUCUGUCCCAGCAGAUCUGACUUCAGGUCACUUCAGGAGAACCAUUUAACCCUCCUCCUCCACACUUGGCAUCUUACUUCUGGCCAGCCCUCUGUUCCAGGGCAAACCAGGUUGCAAAUGACAAAAGCCUUUCCUGGCCAAAUUCCUCACUGGCCUGGAUCAUGCCCAUAAGAUGCCAGGGAUGUUUACUGUACUGGGAAAAUCAGCCAGGGUCAGGGUCAGGCACCAAGGAAAGCAGGCAGAUAUAGAAGAAACUAAAUAUGCUUGUUCUGACUCUGUCCAAGUGUGAUGGGCGUGGGAAUCUUGUGAGGAGGAGCAGAGAGGGCAAGGGAACUGGGAGAUCAAAGCAGGCUAGCUUAAAGGCAGAUAUAGCGGGCAUGCUUGUAAUCCCAGGACUUUUGGAGGUCCAGGUGGACAGAUCACUUGAGGUCAGGAGUUCGAGACUGGCCUGGCCAACAUGGCAAAACCCUGUCUCUACCAAAAAUACAAAAAUUAAUGCUGGGCGCAAAGGCUCAUGCCUGAAAUCCCAGCACUUUGGGAGGCUAAGGUAGGCAGAUCACUUGAGGUCAGGAGUUCGAGACCAGCCUGGCCAACAUGGUAAAACCCCAUCUCUGGGGUUGGCAGGUACCUGCAAUCCCAGCUACUCAGGAGGCUGAGGCAGGAGAAUCACUUGAUCCCAGGAGGUGGAGGUUGCGAUGAGCUGAGAUCGUGCCAUUGCACUCCAGCCUGGGUGACAGAGUGAGACUCCAAAAAAAACAAAAAACUAAAACAUUUAGAAAGGAAGAUCAGCCAGUUUCGUAGUCUCACUCUGUCGCCCAGGUUGGAGUGCAAUGGCAUGAUCUUGGCUCACUGCAACCUCUGCCUCCUGGGUUCAAGUGAUUCUCCUGCCUCAGCCUCCUGAGUAGCUGGGAUUACAGGCGCCUGCCACCAUGCCCAGCUAAUUUUUGUGUUUUUAGUAGAGAUGGGGUUUCAUAGCUUUGUACUUGAGACCAGACAACCCACAUGCUGUGUGUGCCUCACAUUAAGUGCCUGACUGGAGACUGUGCUGGCUCUGUGGGGCGAGAACUGUGGGAAGAAAACCCAGCAUUGCUGUGGCUGGGGGACAGCUGUUAGAUGGUCCUAGGACAUCAUCCAUGGAGAUGCAUGUGCCUUGAUUUUUUAUCUGUGACUGUCACUGCCGGCCAGGGCCGUUCCAUGGUUGGAAGUUCAAGGCCGAUCUCUUCACCCUAGCUAUCUCUAAUUGGCAUUUCCAAAGAGGGAUGGGGUGGGUGGAAUCCUCUUUACUCCAGAGUUGGGAAUCCCAAAGCCCUCUCAAGUGUUUAACCAACCUCUCUGCCAGGAAGUUCUUCCUUAGGUCUAUCUUAAAUUUAUUUUGGUUGUCCAGAAGCCAAUAUCCUCUAAUCCAGCGUUGAGCAAACUUUAACUGUGAAGAACCAAAUAAAUAUUUUAGGCUUUGCAGGCCACCUGAUCCUCACCACAGCUACUCAGCUCUGCCGUAGCUGGAAGCAGUGACAGGCAGUGUGUAAUGAAUCCAUGGCUAUGCUCCAGGAAAACUCUGUGGACACACCUUUCAAUUCCAUGUAAUUUUCACAUGUCACAAAUUCUCUUUUUAUUCUUUUUUUUUUUUUGGAAGUGGAGUUUCUCUCUGCUGCCCAGGCUGGAGUGCAGUGCCUCUAUCUCAGCCCACUGCAACCUCUGCCUUCCGGCUUCAAGCAAUUCUCCUGCCUCAGCCUCCUGAGUAGCUGGGAUUACAGGUGUGUGCCACCACACCUGGUUAAUUUUUGUAUUUUUACUAGAAAUGCAGUUUUACCAUGUUGGCCAGGCGGAUCUUAAACUCCUAACCUCAGUGAUCUGCCGACCUUGGCUUCACAAAGUGCUGGGAUUGCAGGUGUGAGCCGCCAUGCCCAGCCACAAAAUAUUAAUAUUUUGAUUUUCUUUUCUUUUUUUUUUUUGAGACAGAGUUUCGCUCUCGUUACCCAGGCUGAAGUGCAAUGGUGCAAUCUCGGCUCACCGCACCCUCCGCCUCCUGGGUUCAGGCAAUUCUGCCUCAGCUUCCUGAGUAACUGUGAUUACAGGCAUGCGCCACCAUGCCCAGCUAAUUUUUUGUAUUUUUAGUAGAGAUGGGGUUUCACCACGUUGACCAGCAUGGUCUCGAUCUCUUGACCUCAUGAUCCACCCGCCUCGGCCUCCCAAAGUGCUGGGAUUACAGGCUUGAGUCACCUGGCCGGGCCAAUAUUUUGAUUUUCUAAAACGGUUUAAAAGUGCCAAGACCACUCUUAGCUUGCCAACUACAUAAAAACAGGCAGUGGGCAGAUUUGGCCCAAGGGCCACAGUUUGCUAACUCCUGCUCAAGCCUGCUUGCUCUCAACCUUGGCUGCACGUGGCACAUGGGAGCAUUCAAAGGCCGGGGGCCCACCCACAAAGCUUCUGUUUAGUUUGGUCUGGCUUCAUAGAUUUUCCCCUGGGUAACUCCAGGUGCAGCUGGGGCUGAGAACUGCUGCUCUCCCCUUCCAUCUGUAGCAGUGCAGCUGGUGAUAAAUCUGCUUAUUCCACCUCUCACCACCUUGGCAACCUUAGGAAAGUUUCUUAAGGUCUCUGUGCCUUGAUUUCUUCACCUGUAAAAUGGGGAUAAUAACUCUUCCUUGAUAGGGGUGUUGUGAGUGGUGAAUGCAUAAUUCUUAUUCUUCUUAUUAUUGAGACGGAGUUUCACUCUUGUUGCCCAGGCUGGGGUGCUAUGGCACGAUCUUGACUCACUGCGACCUCUGCCUCCCAGGUUCAAGCGAUUCUCCUGCCUCAGCCUCCUGAGUAGCUGAGAUUACAGGCAAGUGUGCCACCACACCUGGUUAAUUUUUGUAUUUUUGGUAGAGACGGGGUUUCAUCAUGUUGGCCAGGCUGGCCUUGAACUGACCUCAAGUGAUCCACGUGCUUUAGUCUCCCAAAGUGCUGGGAUUAUAGGCGUCAGCUACCGUGCCCAACCUGUGAAUGCAGAACUCUUAUAAGGUGUCUAGAACAGUGCCUAGCACCUAAUAAAUCUCCAGUUAGCUAAUUCAUUAUUCUAGGAGAACUUAAGGAGGUGUUCAGUUCUUUGACAAUGAUCCAUCACAUACCGUGAGGUCAUUUCUAAGUCACCAUUCAAGCUCCAUCCCCAAAGUCUGUUCCAUAGAACACUGGGACCAUGAGAUGCAGCUUUAGAAAGUGGGGCGCGGUUUCCAUGGUCAAAGAGGUUUGGAAAAGUUUUCUGGCCCCAGCCCUUGGCAGCAUGUGCAGAUUCCAGGCACUGAGGCAGGGCUGGAGGAGUAACUGGCUUUGCAAUAAAAUAGGUGCAGGAAGCUAAAAAGGCACCCUGGGCGCGGUGGGGAGCUGAGCAGGAGGCCAAGUGGAAAGCAAUGGCUGCUGGGCCCGUGGCCUGAGCCCCCUGCACUCCUCCGGCUAGAGUCUCACCGCCGAUCCCAGGGAUACCUGCUGUUCCCAUGGGGCCGCCUUUCUGUGGUUCGUCUGGAGACACCAAGAGUAGUUUCCGUCUUGCUGGGAAUAGGCCGAGCGUGCAAUGACAUGAGGGCCAAGGCUGGAGGAAAAAUGACAGUUUCACAGCCCCUUGAGGAGUGACCAAGCCACAGAGUAAAUCCUAAAGCCACAGCCCCUUCUACCAGCAGGCUGCUGCGGGUGGGUCCUUAUUUCAAGCCACAUUUAACUCACCCAACGAAACCUAACAUGGAGGUAGAGGACACACGGCCCCUGCAGUGGGGUUCCCUUUGCAGCUGGAGAGACAGCAUACAUGAAACCUGCGAGGAGAAUGUUUAUAAAACAACAGAAGAGCCAGGAAAACAGUGCUGGGACAGACAGUGGAGAGGCCAGAGAAGCAAACCAUGUAGGUCUUCACUGGGGGGUUUCAUGGGGUUCGAAUACGCCCUGCCAGCUCUGUGAUAGUCUUCACUCUCACAGGCAAUGUGUCUUUCCUGGGAGGAGGUCGGCAGGGAAGGGCGGCUUGCAGAACCAGGGGUUUCUAUUGCAGAGAGUGUAUUUUCUGAAUUCUAAGUCAGAACAAGCAGUCUGAUACAGGAUCCAUGGCCGGAUGGCUUCUGGGUGCGAGAAGCUUUCUAGACCUUUGACACUCAGAUUAUAGUCCCAGGCCAGCAACAGCACCCAGGAGCCAGGUAGAAACUCAGAAUCUUAGCCUGGGCAACACAGGGGGACCUCGUCUCUGCAAAAAAUAAGAUUAGCUGGUCAUGGUGGUGCACAUCUGCAGUCCAAACUACUCUCCAGGCUGAGGUGGGAGGAUCGCUUGAGCCCAGGAGGUACAGGCUGCAGUGAGCCAUGAUCGCACCACUGCACUCAAGCCUGGGAAACAGAGCAAGAGACCCUGUCUCAAAAAAAAAAAAAAAAGACAAAAAACAAAAA